AUGCUUCGUUUUACAAUUUUACUCAUAUGUGUUUUAGCACCAAUCACUAUCUCUAAAACGAUAAAAGAUCCAAGAUGCUGUACAAUAUGUCGUAAUCAUUGUCAAUAUGGUAAUGUAUUAGAUAAAAAAGGUUGUCCAACUUGCAGAUGUAAGCUAAGUCCUUGUGGAAACAGACACGCUCCAUUGCCAGGUUACUUUUGUGGUCGUGGUCCUACUCAUAAAGAUUGUCCAUCGAACUAUAUAUGUGUUAUUGCACCCAAUGAUGCUUAUGCUGUUUGUUGUCGUUCUUAUCAUCAACCUGUAACAAGACCAGUGAGAACAACUAAAAAGCCAGGUUCAUGUCCACCAUCACUCAAUAAGAUAGGCGCUUGUUAUGCUGAGUGCACAACUGAUAUUGAUUGUCCACGAAAUCUCAAAUGUUGUGGUAAUUGUCCUCGUGUAUGUGUUGCACCAUCACAUUAA